AUGCCAAGAAGAAAAACAAUUGAUGAUGAUAUGGAUGAGACGUAUGAAGAUGAAAAUGAUAGCCAAUCCUCUGAUAAUUUUUCGGAUCUAGUCGAUGAAGAGGAAGAAACAUCAUCAGCUCCCACUAAAUCAUCAGCAACAAUUAACCGAACAAGUGAACCUACAACGACAUCAUCAACAACCACCACAGGACCAAAGAAGAGAGGAAGAAAACCGAAAAACGAACCCAAACCGAAAAAAGCACCAACGGGAAGACCACGAGGAAGACCAAGAAAACAUCCCAUCGUUGUUACAACACCAACACCAACCAAACCUAUAUCCCCAAUGGAGGAUACUCAUCUAGAUGGUGGCCUGUUAUCUCUUGGACAGGCAGCAGUAUUGGCUCUCAACGACGCUGACCUUGAUCCAAGUUCAAUUAAAGCUGAAGAAGACCUGGUACAAAAUUUAACAACACCAAUUUCACCCGCAACACCACUAUAUCCACUAAAGAAACGUUUUUUGGCAACCAUGUCUCAGGAGGGUGAUAAAGCUGCUGAAACUACAACAACAACGCCAACAAAACCUCCUACUCCACCCAGUGCUACACCAGCUGUGGUUGAGCCAGCCCAACCUGUGAAGCGAAGACCAGGAAGGCCAAGAAAAGCGGACAAGCUCCAACAGCAACAACAACAACAAACAACGCAAGACAAAAAGGAGACUGCUAAAGAUGAUUCAGUGAAAAUGACUUCUCGACAACAAAUACUCUAUCUCAAAAAAUUGGAGGAAAAAAAGGAAAGUGAUUCUGAAGUUAAAGAAGCAGAGGAGGAGGAAGAAGAGAAGGAAGAGGAACCAAUAUCACUGGAAUUUGACAGUGAUGAGUCGGUGGAAGUUAAAAAGCCAAAGAAAACAUCCAAGAGAAAAUUGGUAAAGAAGAAAUCUUCACCAUGGACAAAAGUUGAAAAAAUAACUGUCAAGUACAAGGGAAGAACUCUUGGUUCAUUUGAUGUGUCGCUUCUAGGAUCAGACUCUUCAUUUGAACUGGACGUUGGUUCCACAGUUGAGGUGAAUCAAAAAAUUGCAUUAGACAAAGUUGAAGAUAUUGAAAGUUCAUCGUUUUAUAUUCUUUCAUUUUCAUCUAGGAGUAAGUCAGAGGAGGAAAAACUUGAAGAAAUGUACAACAUUUUGGAGAGAGAAAAUUGUGUUGGAUCGAUAUCAUUUGAUGACAGAAUUCUUUUAUUUAUACCUAAAAAGAGUAGAUUUUUAAAACCAUUGGGUCUAACUGAAGUUCAAGAUGAUCCAAGUAAAUUCAUUGGAGCUCUUAUGAUGAAGGACGAAUCAAGUCCUGAGAGAACCUCGAAAAAGAACAAAAAGACGUCCUCCAGUAGUAGUACGCCAAUAUUAACCACACCUAAGUCACCAACCUCACACGAUGAAGACAUUAAGAAGAAGCAAUUGUCAUUAUUGUCCAUACCUAAAAUUCCAAAAACCAAAGCAACUUCGAGCACUCCAACGGGAGAAACUCCUCUUCAGAUGGAGAAUGCAUAUCCAACAGCAGAUGUCAAACCUCUCGAUUCUUCAGUUUCAUCCUUACUGAAUGCCAUUGCUGCUGUCACUCCAACAAGUUAUACACCUACCAACGUUCGCACACCAACAAUGCCUCCAACAGCGAUGAAUGUGGCAACAAGUUCCAUGUCUAGCAAUAGCCCUCCUGGCUAUACAAUGUAUAGUAAUUUGCCUAAGAAUGCAGCUGUUGUUGGUACUGAAAUGCCUGUUAUGCCUCCCUCAAACAAUAUUCCUCCAGGUAUGACACACAUGUCACAACAACCACCUCCGCCACCACAGAGCAAUCUCUACGAAAAACCUCCUCAAAUUCCACAAGAUGGCAAUAAUUAUCAACAGACGAUGCCUCAACAGCUUGGACGAUAUCCUCCUCAAGAUAAUGCUAUGCCUCCAAAUUAUCCACCUCAUAACAUGGUUCCAGAUCAAUAUAGUCACAGCACCAGCUCAAGCAAUUAUCCUCCAAUGCACAUGCAACAACAAGCUAUGCCUCCAGGCCAUACCUCAAUGCCAAUGGAUAUGAGAGGUCACUAUGAAAACUAUGAUAACGAGUUGAAGAGAAAGAGAAUGACGAGUGCAUACGCAGAACCUCAGACUCGACCAAUUUCACCAAAGAGAAGAAAAGACGUUCCAUAUGGAGUUCAAUAUUCAACCUAUCAGUCGUCACAUCAUGAUGUUUCUCCAAUUCCAAUGCCUUCAAGUGCUUCUCAACCACCUCCACCUCCUCAUGAGAUUUAUCAUAGAUCUUAUCCAUCAUCUCCAAUCAGAAAACCACCACCACCUUCUAGUGUUCCACCACCUCCAUCAUCUCCACCACCAAUGGUGUCAUCGUCAAGUCAUCACACUUAUAGCGGUGGUCCAACUUCUGGUUUCUCCAGAUCAAAUGCUUAUCCACCUCACUCGUAUCAACCACAACAAACCUCGCCUCCAAUUGUACCUCCAAGGAGACCAGACUCGGCCAACUUUGGCUAUUCCAAUAAGCCAUAUUCCAAACCAUACUAUAAGGAAGAUACGUAUCAUGACGAGUAUGACCGUAGUCAACGACCAUAUAAAAAGUAUGGAGAUGACCGAUAUCAACCAGGUACUGGUGGUCCUAUGGGGUCUUAUAAUCGUCGUCCUGACAAUUAUUCAAACGUGUCAUCAUAUAGCAAUAUGGACGAUUACAAUGGAGGUGAUAGCUAUUACCGAAAGCCUCAUCACUAUAACAAUGGUCCAAGAAGAUCUUAUAAUGCUCCAAAUAUUCCAGAAGUAUCAUCAAAGAAUGUUCCAACCACGGACGUUCAACCACCUCCACCUCCACCACCUGAUGUACAUGGAGAAAAUGUGAAUAUGGAUUACAAUGAGAAAGAAGACAAUAUUCCUGAGGCUACUGAGCCAACUAGGCAUUUGUGGGUUGGACGAUUCCACAACAUGAAAAUGGACUACACUACGAUUCACAGUGAUUUUGAAAAGUUUGGCCCAAUUGACAGCUUAAACUUGUUACGUGACCAAAAGUGUGCAUUUGUUAAUUUUGCUCAUGUCAAGGAUGCUAUCAGAGCAAAGAAGGAAUUAGAAGGUACCAAAAAGUACAGAAAGAUUGCCUACCAACGAAGAGAAAAAAAGUCAUCGACCUUUUCAUCUGACUUCAAGAAGAACGUGAUGCCAUAUCAUAAGAAUGAUUACAACAAUUAUCAUCAUGGAGGAGGCGAUCAUUAUCGUCAUACUGACCAACAAUAA